CUUCCGUUGUUAGUCGGAAGUAGAUUUCAUAAAUUUUGGUUGCAUACGGAAGUGGCACGUACAUAAUGGCAACUGGAGCAGAUCAAGCUGUCGGCUUUGGACUUGUUGGCUUUAGUCUGUUACUGUUCUCAUAUUACACUAUUUGGGUCAUAGUCUUGCCUUUCGUAGACAGUGACCAUGUGAUCCACAGCUAUUUUCUUCCACGAGAAUAUUCAGUCAUACUUCCUGGAGUCGCAGCAUUAAUCCUCUUACUAUUUGUUGGCACUUUCAUAGGAGUCGUAACAUGGAAGAAUCGAAAACCUAAGAAAAUUGAUUAAGACCCUUCAUGCUGCUGUGAUUUAUCUGGUCAGAAGAACGAACUGUGUUGAUUUCACUCAUCUACCACUUCCUGUACACAGCCACGUGAAGCUGCUCUCCUGGAUUCCAGUCAUGUUCAUGUGUUUGGUAAAAUAAAAAACAAAAAUAGAGUUCAUUUUAGUAGCCAAAAGCAGUAUUGAACAUUUAGUUAAACUGUAGUUUAAUUGAGCUUUGUACGUCCCGUCUCCACAACCUUGACUUAAGACCACACUAGUUGUGAGAUGUUCAGCUUUGGAGAAUUAUUUCCAUAAUCAGGAAGUUAAAGGCAAAUAAUACGUGAGAUCAUAAUUUCAUCAUCUAAGACAAUGGGGUAGAUAUGUGUGUACUUUAUAUCUGGAUGGCAUCUAAAUGGAAUUUGGGAUUUUUUUCAACUGUUCUCUUAUGUUGUAAAUAAACAUAUUUAUAAGGUAGAGUGCUUGCUUCUAGCAGCAAAAUAAUUUAGGACAAUAAUCUAAAAAGAACGAGAAAGAGAACUUUCUGUAAAACCAUACACAAUCCCACAUAAAAAUAAUAAAAAAUAUGCAACAUUUAGUACAA